AGUAUUCUUAACUGUCGAUGCAAAUAAUUUUUGCUUACAUUGCUUUUUCUUCAUUUUUCUUUUUGUUGUCAUACCGAGUCCGAAUUUAACUUUUGCUUUAAGUAAGUUUGUUACUAACCAAGCGUUUGCUCGUUCUUUCCAAUUGCUAUCUGUUGAUUUAACUCUUUGCCAAGCUUUUUCUAUUAAAACUUUAUCAGCUUGAUGACGAGAAUGAAUAUCUUUAUUUUGUGAGUAUGCAAUAUCGUGUUCUCUACAAGCUGAAUCCAAUAAAUUUAUUCCUUUGUCUCCUUGUGCUAAACGUUGUGCUAACUUAGUUCCUGGUCCACAAAAUUGAUAUCCAGGUAAAUGCACUUCAAACGGAAGAUUAUUAAUUAAGUUGUUUACCAAUCCAAAUCCAGUAACAGACUGUUUACAUUUAUUAUAAAUCUUGUAAUUAAUAACCAUAAUUUUUUUUUGAUUAUGUAGUGAUAGGGUACACGAUUUAAAUGAAAAUAAGAGUUUUUGUAUAUAUAUACUUAAAUUUAUAUUGAAAAAGUUUAGUUAGCAAUAUGCGUUUAAUAGAACAAACUAAACAGAUUGCUGUGAAAAACAUUGAUAAUGUCUGUUCACAGAAAAAAAGGAUUGUACAUAGUACUUUAUUACCAAAUUCUAUACGUGCCCUUAUAGUAGGCCCAUCAAAUUGUGGUAAAACAAAUGUUAUGAUUAGUCUCAUAGAAAGCCCUAAUGGCCUCAAAUUCAGGAAUAUAUAUAUAUAUUCUAAAUCUUUAUAUCAACCAAAAUAUCAAUAUUUAAAAAAAUUGAUUACUCCAAUCAAAGGAAUAAACCUAUUCACAUUCUCUGAAAAUGAAAAAGUUAUAAGUCCAGCCAAAGCAAAUAUGCAUUCUAUAAUGGUAUUUGAUGAUGUAAUUUGCGAUAAACAAAAUACUAUAAGGGAUUAUUUUUGUAUGGGAAGACAUAAACACAUUGAUUGUUUUUAUUUAUGUCAAACAUAUACAAGGAUUCCUAAACACUUAAUACGUGAUAAUGCAAACAUGAUUAUCAUAUUUAAGCAAGAUGAAAUGAAUAUUAAACAUAUAUAUAAUGAUCAUGUCUUGGGUGACAUGACAUUUAAAGAUUUUUUAAAGCUUUGUAGUGAAUGUUGGAAAGAUAAAUAUGGAUUUCUUAUUGUGAGCAAGGAUGAUCCCAUUGAUAAAGAUAUAAUGUAGAUUAUAAACAGAAUAGAGAGCAGAUUGGUGACAGAAAGAAAGCAGAUCGGUAGCAGAUAUAAAGCAGAUCGGUAGCUGAUAUAAAGCAGAUCGGUAGCAGAUGUAAAGCAGAUCGGAAGCAGAUGGAUACAUAACCAAAAAAAAAUAAAAAAUAAAUUAUCCAAUCAUGAAGAGACACAAUUUGUUGAAGGAAAUUGUAAAAACACGAGCAGUAUUGAAAGAAAAGUUAAAAAACAUUAAACUUAAUCAAAUAGAUAGGGAUAAUCUAUUAGAAGAUACAUUUCAACCAAUAACCAAACCUUUGAAGGAUAUUAUAGGAAAACUAGA